UAGAAAGUAUUACAUGGCUGUUAAAAACACGUGCAGACUUUUACAAUACAGUAAUAUUUAUAUACUAUAUUACAAUAAUAUUACUAUAAAUAAGUGUAGUGUUGAAUAUAUUUUAUUAUAAAUUUUGUUAUAAAUGAAGAAGAAAAAUGGUUCGUCAUAAUAAUCAGCUUCCAAAUAAUAUUCCACAGUUACAAAAUCUUAUCAAACGUGAUCCUGAAUCGUAUAAGGAAGAAUUUCUCCAGCAAUAUCUUCAUUACAAAACUACUUUGGAUAUCUUCAGUUUGUCACCGAAUGAGUUUAAUAAAAGACUCGAUGAACUAAUAAUAUUUAUGACACAAGUUUCCCAUUGUUAUCCAGAUGAGUUAAAAACUUUUCCUCAGGAGAUCAUAGAUAUUCUAAGAAAACAUAAUACUGUUUUAGACAAUGAUAUGCGAAUGACAUUUUGUAAGGCAUUAAUCCAGAUGCGCAACAAACAUUUGUUAGAGCCAAUAACGAUUCUUAGUUUAUUUUUUGAACUUUUAAGAUGCCAAGAUAAAGCUUUGAGACAAUUUCUACAAACGCAUAUUAUUACUGACAUUAAGAAUAUUAAUUCAAAACAUAAAAAUGCCAAGGUUAACACUGUCUUGCAAAAUUUUAUAUUUACAAUGUUAAAAGAUACUAAUGCAAAAGCUGCAAAAAUGUCUGCAGAUGUUAUGAUAGAAUUAUACAGAAAAAAUGUAUGGAACGAUGCUAAAACAGUAAACAUUAUAGCUACUGGUUGCUUUUCUAAAAUCACUAAGGUAGUCGUUACCUGUUUAAAAUUUUUCAUGGGUAGCGAUGAAGUAAAUGAUAGCGAUAGCAGUGACAGUGAUGAUGAACCAAAUAUUAAAGAAGUUAUGAUGGCUAAUAAAGUUAAUAAGAAAACAAAGAAGCGUGAAAAAAUGUUGAAGAAAGCCAAACAAUUAUUAGUUAAAUCUAAAAAGAAGAAAGCUAAAGCUCCGCAAUAUAAUUUUUCUGCGUUACAUUUAAUACACGAUCCACAAGGAUUCGCAGAAAAAUUGUUUAAACAAUUAGAAAAGAACAAUGAUCGAUUUGAAAUUAAAUUAAUGACUUUAGAUGUAAUCUCCAGACUUAUUGGUUUGCACAAUUUGUUCCUUUUUAAUUUUUAUCCAUAUUUGCAACGAUUCUUGCAACCCCAUCAGAGAGAGGUAACAAAGUUGCUGCAAUUUGUAGCGCAAGCCAGUCAUGAAUUAGUACCUCCAGAUGUAUUGGAACCUGUUCUUAAAACUUUAGUAAAUAAUUUCGUAACUGAAAGAAAUUCUGGAGAUGUUAUGGCCAUUGGAUUGAAUGCAGUUCGUGAAAUAUGUUCACGAUGUCCAUUGGUCAUGAACGCAGAUCUUUUAAAAGAUUUAGCUCAAUAUAAACAUUAUAGAGAACGCAGUGUUAUGAUGGCAGCAGCUUCUUUAAUUGCUGUCUAUAGACAAGCAAUGCCAAGUUUACUGCAUAAAAAAUAUAGAGGCCGUCCAACUGAAGCUACUAUAAAAUUAGAUACAUUAAAAUAUGGAGAAGUAGCUGCUACUGAUUUUGUUCCAGGAGCAGAAGUGUUACUUAAUAAGGAUUCUAAUGACACAUUAGAAAUUGAUUCUGAAAAUAGCGAGAAUGACGAUGAAUGGAUUGAUGUUCAAACCGAUGAUGAGGAAGUUAAUGACGAAGACUUGGUUACAGACGAUGAAACUGAUAUGUCUUCUGAUGACAAUAGUAUGGAUGAUGAAAAUGAUGUCAAGGAUGAAAAAAAUGAGGAGAAACAAAAAGAAGGAGAUAAUAAAAAUGAAGUUAAUGAUGAAAACAACAAAAUAAACAACUUAUUGAAAGAAGAUGUAAAAACAAAUAAACUUAAUAGCGCUAUGCGUUUGAAACUGAGAAGAGAAAGAAGAGAUAAGAAAUUAAAGAGAAGAAAACAAAAAGAGGAGAGGAAAGCAAAAGCCAAAGUACAAAAGAAAGAGGAGUUAACUGCAGAGAAAAAAGCACAGGCCUCUUUAGUUUCAGUUGAACGUUUACUCUCAGAUGAAGAUUUCAAAAGAAUUGACAUGGCAUUAAUAAAACAACAAGUAAUGCCUGCUAAAGUAGGUGUAAAAAGAUCACAUCCAUCCGAUGACAAUCGAGGAGAAUUAGUCAAACUUGGCGACAUUGAAAAUAUUCAUAAAAAGCGUAGGCAUGAUAAAGAAGCACGAUUAGAAACUGUAAAGAAAUCUCAAGAAGAUAGAGAAAAGUUUGGUUAUAAGGAUGGCCGUCAAAAUCCAUUGUGCAGUAAAACGAAUCGUGAAAAGAAAAAGACAAAAAAUUAUCAAAUGAUCAAACAUAAGGUUGCAGGAAAAGUUAAACGUUCUUUCAAAGAUAAACAAAUUGCACUUAGGAAUUAUUUAUUGAAACAAAAACGAAUGAAAUAAUAAUUCUCCUCUCGAUAUAUUUUUUAUUUAUUCACUUGUCAUUAACCUCUCAUGUUAUAAUCACUGCGUUAUCAAUAAACUCACGGCUGCUUGUGCCAUUACUAACAAAA